CCGCAUUGUGAGAUGUGCGCGGAUUAUGUCCAGAGUGGACACCUAAGAAAACGUGCAUUAACUUAGUAGUUAUGCUUUAACCACUUGAAAACAGCUGCAUUUUGACCUUCAUUAAAAAGACGUAAAGUUAGCUACCAGCUACAAAGUGCUCCAAUUGAACAUUUCCGCUUAUGCUGCUUCGCUGUGUGUGAUCUGUUCGAAGCAAGUUUACGCACGUUUUGUACAGGCAAACGUAACGUGCUGUCAGUGUCGUACCUCUAACCAACGUCUUUUUUUUUGCGCGUUGCGAAACGUUUCAGCUGCGAAGUCCCCCUGAAACAGUGAACUACAGAUUCAGUCGUUGUUGGUGCAGUAUGUGAGAGAAAAAACUGCUAUUUUUGCGUUUGCAGAAUUACAGUUGCAGCAGUAUAAAAUACGUGAAAACAACGCAGGCCUUUAGAGAAAGAUUGUGCCAAGGUUUGCUUCUCUCAAUACAUCCGCAACGGGCAGCCGUCUUGGAAAACCCAAUGUGACGAUCAGCUGACUCUGGGUGAAGUGUAUCUUGCUGCAUGGUUUUAUGGCGAUGGCAUUGUACACCUCUGUGUAAUUGCUACAGCUAUCCUAUGACUGACUGUUAAACAAAUUAUAGAGCUUUCUUUCAGCGAAAAAUAACUACUGGCUGAGAGCUGUACUUGUAAACAAAAUCGGUUGAGGAUAAAUUGAUCAGCGUGUUGAAUGUGUGCGUGUGUAUGCCUGUGUAUGUAUCUGAUCUUUUCGUACACAGUGGUUCGGCUGGAUCAAGUACAGCCGUCGGUGCCAUUAUUUCGUGCUUGAGUUCUGUGAGAACUCUGAUGUUCACGCGACUUGGUGCACAGUGGCGAGCCUCUCCAGCGCUUUUGUUCAAGAUGGCUCGGAGUUGCUCUGGAACAAGUAGCUCUAAUCGCGAUGCCAGUUCAUGUCUUAACCGACUGGGCAAUGAGCGCAGUCCUUAUUUAUUACAGCAUGCUACGAAUCCUGUUGCAUGGUACCCAUGGGGGGAUGAGGCGUUUGAGGCCGCGCGAAGAGAUAAUAAACUUAUAUUCCUCUCAAUCGGAUAUUCGACAUGCCAUUGGUGUCACGUUAUGGAAAGAGAAAGCUUUGAAAAUGAAGAAGUCGCUCGCUUGCUGAACGAUCACUUCAUAUCGAUCAAAGUGGACCGAGAGGAACGUCCGGACAUCGAUAAGAUUUACAUGACUUAUGUUCAGGUUACCUCCGGCGGCGGAGGAUGGCCACUUUCAAUAUGGCUCACACCACAACUUAAACCUGUUCUUGGAGGAACUUACUUUCCACCAGAUGACAAUCCUUUCGGCGCGCCUGGUUUCAAAACGGUUCUCCGUACACUACAUAAAAAGUGGAAAUCAUCAAGUAACGAGAAGAUGCUGCAGGACUCCGAGCGCAUAACUGGGUUGUUGGCAAGGGCCGCUGAUAUUCGUCUUGAUGAAGAGGUAGCCGAACAAUUCAAUCCAGCAGACACGAUUGCACGAUGCCUUGACAUGCUUGAAAAUCAUUUUGACUUCACGCAUUGUGGUUUUGGACGGUCACCUAAGUUUCCCCAGUGCGUUAAUGCGAACUUUCUUCUCACAUUGCAUAUGUCGAAAGGCGACUUAAAAGCGUUUAAUAUUGUAGAGAAGCAAUUACUUGCUAUGGCACGGGGAGGAAUUCAUGACCACCUUGCCGGAGGAUUUCAUCGAUACUCGGUCGACUCGGAAUGGCAUGUACCCCACUUUGAGAAAAUGCUUUACGAUCAAGCACAGCUACUGUGCCUCUACGCACUAGCUACGAGGGUCACUAUGGAUCAGGAAAACUCGGCCAUCUUUCGGGAGGUUGCAGAGAGCAUUGGCGAUUACGUUAACCGGGACCUGUCGCAUCCCGAGGGAGGAUUUUACAGCGCUGAAGAUGCCGACAGUUUUGGGACAUUCGACGAUGCUAAAGGCAGAGAAACAACGAAAUCUAAAAAUGAAGGCGGUGUCAGCCACAAAAAGGAAGGUGCCUUUUAUGUCUGGACAUGGUCGGAAAUUCACGAAGUGCUCUCUGAAACAGAGGCUAAAGUUUUUUGUGAGUAUUACAGUAUUGAUGAGCAUGGCAACGUCGACCCCCAGAUGGAUCCGCACGGAGAGCUGCUCAACCAGAAUGUACUGAUAACCCGAACCAACAUUGCGUCCUUUGCUCACAUAAACAACAUGUCUGAGACAGAUGUGAGAAACACGAUAGAAUCUGCCAAGAGGAAAUUAUUUAAGCGACGCUUACAGAACCGUCCCCGACCGCACCUUGAUAACAAAAUUGUCACUGCGUGGAACGGUCUUAUGAUCAGCGGGAUGGCGAAGGCUGCGCGAUGUCUGGAUAGACCGGACUAUGCUGAACGGUCGCUAGUGGCUGUGGAUUUCAUACGAAAGUACUUGUACAAGAAACAUAAUAAUACGCUUCUGCGAAGUGUUUAUACAGAGGGUGAAGGCGACUGUGCCCAGGUUAGGCAACUAAACAGGCCGAUCCAAGGUGUACUCGAUGACUACGCAUUCCUUAUCCAAGGUUUACUCGACCUCUACGAUUCGACAAUGGACGAAACCCUUCUGAUAUUAGCUCGUGAUCUUCAAGAAACGCAGGACAGAUUGUUCUGGGAUGUCGAAGACGGUGGUUACUAUCUUUCAUCAAGCUUUACAAAAGAUAUAAUCUUCAAGGUAAAAGAUGAUCAAGACGGCGCUGAGCCGAGUGCGAAUUCAGUAGCUAUCUCGAACCUCGUUCGGCUUGAGACAAUCUUUAAUAAAGACGAGUACCGCACGAAAGCGUCGAAGUUGAUUAAGCUAUUUGCCGAACGUCUCUCGAAAAUACCGAUCGCUCUACCUGAGAUGGUCAACUCCGUGCUCCGACACUCAAGCCCGCCAACGAAAGUCGUCCUCAGCUCACCAAAGGGAGACGUAUCGUCGAUGAAAGCAGUAUGCGAUCGCGUUGUUCACCCGUUUAUGGUUGUCCUGCGAUCGCACCCGAACUCUUUGAUUGAUUUGGGUGGUUCUUUCGCGUGUGUCGAUGGUCAGACCACAGCGUAUGUCUGUAAAGAUUUUACGUGCCAAGCUCCGAUUACCGAUAAAGAGAAAUUAUUGGAGACUUUACAGUAGCAAACUAUAUUUCGUCUUUAUCUACGUAAAGAAUACGGCAUUCAUCAAUCAAUCGAAAGUAUACUUUUUCGUUUACAUCUGGAGGAACCCAUAAAGAGUUCAUGGCAGGUACUAUGGCGAUUACAAUAAACAUGACAAUGUUAUACCCUAACAAACGGUUAUAUGCGAGAUAUCUCACGCGGGAAAUAUGAUUCUUUCCAAGAUAUACGUAUGUAGCAGUCAAAACGUUUUAGUGGAGGAUAUUUUGAGCUCUCUGUUGCUCCAUUGUGCCCAUUAUCCCAUAUAACGUAGGAAAUAGAAUAAACUUAAAUCAGCAAGUUGCAGGGUACACAAGGUCAAUCAUAGACUGGCUAUGAGCCAGGAACAGCAAACUAUUCCUGUCCCUCAAACAGCCCACAGUCACGGUAGUCGUUGAAGUCAGGCUGAAUGAACAGGGUUUAUAGUAGCGAAUGUCGGUUAGACGUAAACUUGUUAAAACUUUGCUAGGUGCAACGGAAGGCACGCCACUAGAAGAAAUGGAGGGAAAGGUCAAGCAGCAGUUAUAAGUGACAAGUUAUUUUCUUGAAAAGUAUCACGUACUUUUCGUCAAAUAAAUGAGUCGAUGUGAUUAGAAGUUACAUUUUAAAUCAUUCUCAUGGUUCUUACAAAAAAUGUAGGUUUUCCAUAC